AUGCUUCUCUUAACCCUUCUUCUCCUACCAUUUUCAAUCUCUGGACAAACCGACUAUAUUCUCAAUCCCGCUUGCAUAAAUGAGUUCAAUGAAAUAUACAGCUGUGUGAGAAAUCAGUCCCUUUUCCGAUUCUCUGAAAGUAGUCCCCGUGACGACUCCGCGUUGAAUCAUGAACUCUCCGAAGAGCUUCAGUAUGUUCUUGCUUGUUCCGGACCACUCCACUGCCCGAUUUCUCAAAUUUUCCGUUCAUUCUUGUAUCAAAAGAAGUGUAUUUUGGAUUACUACAAUGAGAACUUGGAGGCUUGUGCAGGGAUGUUUGUAGUCCUAGAGGUUUGGAGGAAAUGUGCUACUAGUGAUGUAGAUGAUUUUUUCUUCGAAUUGGAUGAAAAAUGCGCCGUUGUGGAGUUCUUGAACCAUUCGACAUGCGAUAAUAAAGAUGCGUCUCGAUUCCUCCUCUUCACUAAUUUGGUUCGGUCGAUUUACGUAUCCGCCAAUCGCUAUGGACCAGAAAUUAAGCAUUAUAUCGAGAAAAUACGGAUUUCUUUCUGA